CGCAACCCUCUGGACUAUUCUGAGCAGCUGGAAUGUACACAGCGGCCUCAUGGUCAGAUCGAAGAACCCAACUUUCUCCACGCGCUCUUCCAGCGAUCAUUAGCAGUGGUCCAAGAGCAAGGCGUCAGCGGGAGACGCAGGGCUCCUCUCUCAGAUGAUCCGUGGGUGAUUGGGGAGCGAACGGGCUGAAGUUUGUUCAUCGGAAGAGCAGACCGAUAGAAUGGCCACUUCAAUUGCGACGUUUUCUUUCAAGGACCAGGAGCUGCCAGCACACCUGCUCAGCCAACUGAACAGUCUUCGCCAUGACCAGAUCUUUACAGACGUACUUCUAUGCACAGAGGACCGGGAGAUCCCUUGCCAUAGGAACGUAUUGGUUUCCAGCAGCCCAUAUUUCCGUGCCAUGUUCUGUAGCAACUUUCGAGAGAGCAACCAGGCUCGUGUGGACCUGAAGGGCAUCACGUCCGAGAUCCUGAGUGGCAUUGUGGACUACAUCUACACCGGCACCAUCACCAUUACUAUGGAGCUCGUGCUGCCACUGAUGCAGGCGGCUUCUAUGUUACAAUACGGACGCCUGUUUGAGGCGUGCUCUGUGUUCCUGCAAGGGCAACUCAGCCCCGACAACUGCCUGAGCAUGAUCCGCCUCUCUGACAUCCUGCACUGUGACACCCUGCGAGACCGAGCCAAGGAGAUGGCCGUACGGAGCUUCUCCGAUGUGGCAGCCUCUGAGGACUUCUGUGAGCUCUCCCUCCCGGAGCUCAUGUGCUACCUGGAGGACGACCGCCUGUGCGCCGAGGAGGAGCAGGUGUUCGAGACGCUGCUGGCGUGGAUCCACCACGACCCGUUCUCCCGCCGCGGCGCCAUCCACGACCUCUUCAAAAAGGUCCGCCUGCGCUACAUUCACCCGACGUACCUCUUCCAGUUCAUCGCCAACGACCCCCUGGUGCAGUCGUCCACGCUGUGCACGGAGAUCAUCGAGUCCGUGCGCCGCCUCAUGUUCUCAGUCAGCACUAAGUGCAUGGGGGAGCUCAAGCCCCUCUGGACCACACCCCGCCGCUACACCUGCCACGAGACGCUGGUGGUGGUGGGCGGCCGCAAGAACAACGAGCAGACCUCCCGCGAGGCUCUGCUCUACGACGAGCGGACUCAGCGCUGGCAGUGGCUGGCCAAGCUGCCCCUGCGGCUCUACAAGGCGGCGUACGUCUGCAUCCACAGCAUCCUGUACGUGGUGGGUGGACUGAGCCUCAGUCUGGCGUCUGGCGACAGCGCGGUUAGCGCCACUGUGUACACGCUGUCACUGAAGACCAACCAGUGGCGUACUGCCGAGCCCAUGUUGGAACCACGGUACGCCCAUCAGAGUGUGUCCUAUCUGCACUUUAUAUUUGCCCUCGGGGGCAUCGGAGUGGACAAGCAGAUCUCCAGCACGGUGGAGCGUUACAACAGCAUGUUCAACCAAUGGGAGGCCAUGGCGUCUAUGCCCACGCCUGUACUGCACCCAGCCGUGGCUGCCAAUGACCAGAGAAUCUACGUCUUUGGAGGGGAAGAUGCUAUGCAGAACCCAGUCAGAUUGAUACAGGUCUAUCAUAUCGCUCGCAAUCAUUGGUCAAGGCUGGAAACCAGGACAAUUAAGAACGUGUGUGCACCUGCUGCCGUGAUAGAGGACAAAAUUUACAUUGUUGGAGGCUACACACGACGGGUCAUCGCCUACGACACCAAAGCCAACAAGUUUGUGAAGUGUGAGAACAUGCGAGAGAGGAGGAUGCACCACUCAGCCACCGUCAUCAACAACAAGCUCUACGUCACCGGCGGCCGCUUCUUGAACAGCCACGAUGUCAUUGAAGACUCGGACUGCUUCGAGUGCUAUGACCCCAAAACUGACGUGUGGACUUCCAAAGGCUCGCUGCCAUAUAAGCUGUUUGAUCACGGCUCCCUCCCGCUGAUCUGUGUCUCCAACCGAUCCAACCCGCCGUGAACUCUGGGUAGGAUCCGCACGGAGUCGCGUCUCUCCUCAAAGGCCCCCCUUUCACCCAUGACUCCCCUCAAAAGGCAAAGACUCAUGGGCCCACAGCUGGUGCUGCGAGGCAUCCAGGCGUGCUCAGAUUCCCCCGAUGGCUGUGGGGGCCCAUCUCUGCAUUGCAGCCCUGGGGAAUGUGGCUGUAGCCGGAGCAUCUGCCGUGUUCUAAAUCAAAGGAGAUGUUGGGGGGGGGGGGUGGCGACCCGAGUUGUCACGUGUAACGCCCAUAGGAGUGUGCAGGAGCCCGGAGGACAUGGUAGGCUUGUGCAACACUGGUGAUGUUCAGACAGAAAAGGGCAAGAGAAGUGGUACGGGCCUCAUGCCCCAAAUGCCCUUCCUCACCAUCUAACCCUGUGACUAGAACCUAAGAGGGCCUGGGUAUUAGUAUGCAUCAUAGGUGAACUUGGUUUGGAGUGCAUUUAUACCAACAGAGCUUUUGUUUCCAUUUUGGCAGCAUGAAAGCAAUUGCACCAUUUGGAACCAUUAAAGCACUUUGUGGAUAUACAUUCCUGCCCCUGAACCCUUGGGCUAACGUUCUGACAUGCUGACAUAGUAACUGCCACAUGUUGCCUUUUAGAUUCCGGGAGCUGCCAUCUUUGGGAUGAUAAUGCACACAGUGAUUGCUGAGAGUCAACGGAGGGCCCACAUCCACACCACUAUCCUGCCACAUACAUGAGGAGAUGAUUUGUUUUUUCCUGGAUCCCCUCAGUAGUUUUUUUUGGGGGGGGGGUAUGACAAGUGCCAUCUUGUUUGAUGAGAGAACAGCAGGUUAUGCUCUCAGCCAGAGUUCAUCCGAUGUUAUUGUGUCUCCUCGCUGAUGCAGAAGGCUGUUCUUGAGCAAAAGCUGUUAUUGCAUUUGUGAUGGAGACACUGCCCAUAACGGUUAUAACACGUUUCCUAGAAAUGACUCCUCUAUAGCAAUAAAGGUGGAUCCUAUGAAGAAAGAAUGACAAUAGAUAGGCAGUUAAGGGCGGGGAAACGAGAGAGAAGGCAAAAUGAAAUGAAAAAAAAAAUGAAAACAAGAUGAACACAUCUGACCCACUCUUAAAAGCAGUCCUUUGACAGAGACUCAACACAAAGGGUUCAUUUCUGAGUGGUUUUUCAGGUGGUCAGGUCACUUGUGAGGGCCUUACUAGCAUUAACACACAACCAGAGAAGAGAGGAGGAAAACUGUCUCUAGUUUCACAGCCGACGCCAGUGUCCUACCCAGCUGAUUCCCCUCUGAGCUAAAGCACAUUUCACCCUGCGGCCCCAGAUAGCCCUUGACAACUGUAGCCAUGGGAACGAUGAAUCACAUGAGUAAGACAGGCCUGUUUUCCACUAGUCUUAUGGAGCCAGAUGUAUACGACACUAUACAUAGUCACGUUGGCCCGCCGCAAAACUACUAUUGUGUAUACAGUUUUACUAUCCAUUGGCAAACGCAUAUUCUGCUGAGGUUUAACAUCUGAUUGUAGACUGUGAGUGAAUUUAUAUUUAGUUUCUUCUUUUUCUGAGACUGUGUUUUGUAAUUAUUUGAUAUACAACAUGUCUGAAAUCAAAGCAAUACAAAAAGAUGAAAUCA